AUGGAAUCUCUCAUUCGCAAUUCCGUACGCGUCAUUCGCAAUGUCGAUAAUGUUGACCAAGCCCUUCAAGCUUUCUCUGGCAUUGAGGAAAAGGUUCUAUCCGGCAACAUACCAUCCAUCACAGAACAAGACCGUCGACGUAUUCUAGACUUCCCAGAACCCGAUGUUAUGGAAUCAAAUAUUGCUAAAGUAUCAGGGCUCAGUACAGAAGAUCUACUGAAACUGGGGGCUGAAUCUCCUACUGAACUGACAGAUUCCGAACUAUUGUUAUUGAACAAUCGGUUCUGGACUUUUGGCAGCGGGACUGAAGAUCAACCUCAGUUUCAUGCUUUUGACGCCCUUCUAGCAGUCUCAGAGGCACAUUUUCUAGAAACAAUAGAGAGACUCGAUCGGGUGCGCGACGCAUUUUAUACUGAACAUGAGACAAAGGCUCUUAGCAACUCCUGGACUGAACAAGGCCGGCGACAUAUCGUGGCCACCAAAGAGAAAGAGCGCAAAGAUCUUGAAAAUUUGCCUAAAACACACCCUUGGGUUCGGAGUAUGUGGGAAGGGGGCUACGCUAAGAAGCAUUGGGGUUAUGCAGUAUACAAGGAUCCUGCCACCCAAAAAGAUGAACGAGACGUGGAGAACUAUGAAUGUCGACGGAGUGCCUUGAUACAUUAUGCUCUGGGGAUGAUGUCUUGCCCGUAUAUAAUUGAAACCAGAUGGAAGAUGCAGACUUUGCAGUGGCCUGCCGGGGUAGAGAGUGAGGAGCAUGGAGGGAAGGGGGUAAAGGAAUUAACGGCAAGGUUUAAUGCACUCCGCGAGCAUUUUAAAGCCGUAAGAGAUCUGGAGCCUGAGACACGGCAGACAAAAACUGGCGGACUCUUUGAAGGCCUUCUAAAAAACGUGUUUCUUGUGCUUAACUCGGAAUGUGUGAGAUCAGAAAUAGCACAUAUAAUCUUCGCCGAUGAUACGUGGGUUUGGGCCGUGGAUGCUGAUUAUAUACCAAGCAAAGAGGACAAUAACGCUGAGAGCCAGCAUGCCUACAUGGGUUACAUGCGAGUGAGACUACAGCAGCUCGUUCAUAAUUUCUACAAUGCGCGCCUUUUUCAUGCAGAAGAGCAUCCGAUGAAGUUAUUAUGGGAGGCAGCACAGGUAGCCAGAAAUCAGGCUUUUGUUUCUUUGGAUAGUGAUGAAUCUCGCCGCUGUUGUCCGGAUGCAAACUUUGGCACUAGCUUAGUCCCUAAGUAG